UCCUUUUCCAGCAAGUAUAUUUUAUUUACACUGUUCGAGAGGUUGUUUUCUUUGACAAUAAAAGACAUUUUAGAAAACAAAACAAUGAAAGAAAAUGUAAGCUAGAAAUAAAUAAUAAAUUCAAGAGAAUACGGAAUAAAAUGUUUUAAUUGUACAAAGAGGUAUAACAGUGUUUAAAAAAAACUUAGGUAAAGUGGCAAACGUAGUGACAAUGGGAGAAAAAGACAGUGAACGAAAUGAGAAGGAGGUAGAGAUAAUAGAGACGAUGGAGAAGUUCGGCAGAUAUCAGAUGCUGCAGUACUUCUUGAUAUGUCUGCCAGCGGUCAUCGUCACCAUGCUCAAUGUCAACUAUGUCUUCGUCGCUGGGGAGAUCAACUACAGAUGUCGUAUACCAGAAUGUGAUGGUCAGUAUCCGGUGUACAACACGACGUGGUGGCCCAACACGCACACUGACAGGUGCACGAGGCCGCUGCUCAAGCAGCCGCCAGCCGGAGUGUGCACCAAUGACAGUUUCUCUGACGAAGUCGCGGUCUGCACAGAAUGGGUCUACGAAAGUAAUGACACUGUUAUUGCUGAGCUGGACCUCGGAUGUCAGCCGUGGAAGUUAAAUCUAAUCGGUACAAUUCACAACAUUGGCACAUCCCUAGCGAUGAUGGCUUCCGGAUGGUUGUCUGAUAGAUUCGGUCGUAUGCCAACAGUAAUUAUGUGCUCUGUGGGAAGCUGCGUCGGUCUGUUAAAGAUCUUUACAUCCUCUUAUCCUGUAUAUGUAUUGAUAGAAAUGCUAGAAGCAACAAUCGCAGGUGGAUCAUACACCGCUGGGAUGGUAUUAAUGAUAGAAAUCGGUGGAAUAAAGAACAGAGUUCUAGCAGGAGUUAUAUUCGCUUACGCUGUUUACGUAGGAGAGACUUUAUACGCUGUUUUUGCGAUGUUCCUACCAUAUUGGAAACAUCUCGUUGCAGCCAUUUACAGUCCUGCAAUAGCAUUUAUACUACUAAUAUUUGUCAUUAAAGAAAGUCCUCGAUGGCAAUUACUAAAUGAUCAAACGGAAAGUGCUAAGAAAACUCUAUUAAAAGUAGCAAAAGUCAACAAAGUAAAUAUUGACAAAGAGAAGUUGCUUAAUAUGAGUGCAGAGGAUUUGAAAAAGGAGUAUAACAUUGGCAGUUAUGAAGAGAGAGAAAGUUUUAUGGCUAUAUUUAAAUCUAGAGAGAUGAUUAAAAGAGCAUUAGUCGCUGCGUUUUGUAAUUUCACCGCCGGCUUCGUGUAUUACGGCUUGAUGAUAAACUCUGUGUUUUUGCCUGGCAACAAAUACACUAACUUUAUGUUGGCAACUGUCAUGUCGUAUCCUGGCGAGCUGAUAUCUUUGUACUUAAUGAAUAAAAUCGGAAGGAAAUUUCCGUUGAUAUUCGGGUACUUAUUGUGCGGUGUGCUUUGUACUGCGACAGGAUUGGUACCUGAAGCAUACACUUUGCUUAAAAUAAUCUUAUUCCUCAUGGGUAAGUUGAUAGUAUCAGUGUGUUUCACCGGAGUGAUCACGUAUACAAUGGAGUUGUUCCCCACGAGUGUGAGAGGAACAAUGCUGGGCGUAUGCUCCGUCAGUGCGGGCAUAGGCAGUAUGGUCGCUCCUUUAACCCCUAUACUGAAUUCAGUGUCCAUCGUUCUUCCACCAAUAAUAUUUGGUUUGACAGCAAUAAUAUCCGGUUUACUUCUCAUAAAAACACCGGAGACAAAAGAUGCGCCAUUAAUGGAUACGAUACAACAAGUCGAUUUAGCGCAGUCGUUGAUCCCAAAGAAAAUAAAAAGGGUACAAAAUGGAACCACUUACGAAUUCAAUAAAAAUAGUAACGAUUGAGUUAUGUUUUUCAA